UCCUGCAACUUGUUGAUCUUCCAGCACAAUGUGAUGUCCGUCAGGGACUGUUGGUGACACACAUUCAACACUGCAGGAGUAUGUGCUGACGGAUACACUGAAACGUGUGCAGCCAACUGCAAAGCCUUUGCAAAUCUAACGUUCUUCCUCUGGCAAGGGAAGGGAUAUCACCCGAGGGUACCACAUGAAUGAUUAAAUUCCAAUGUCUUUACUCACCAAUGCAAGUACUGCACUUGAAGCUGGACCCAUCUAUGUACGUGAACAGGGUCAACUGCAUCUUUUAAAUGGUGCUUCAAGCUUGAAAGUGACCACUGGAAAACCCAAGUCGAUGCGACUGUUUCAGAAAGGAUUCACAGUAAAUCUGUGCAUUGAAGAUGGGGACAAGCCAAGUACUUGCAGGACUGAUCACAUUGUCUUCACUUACACAAAAGAAGGAAAUCUUCGCUACUCUCCAAAGUCACUUUUUGACGUGGUGCUUGCUUUUAUAGCUGACAAUAUUCAGCAUGUUGAUUCGCUCAUUGGCUUCCCAGAGCAGAUUGCAGAGAAACUUUUCACUGCGGUAGAAGCAAGAAAGAAAUUUAUUGACCCCAGCACCAGCACCAUGGCUCUAAUUACAUUCGGCAAGGCCUACGGAAGUCUUGUACUUCAGUCCUUGUGUUUACGGGAAAGAGUUACGUUGGCAUCAGAAAGGUUGAAGGAAAUCCAAUCUUUUUGUGGUUUGAAGUGUCUGGAUCUGUCGAGCUGCAAACUGGGUGAUGACCAUGAGCUGUUGAGGCACUUGACAUCUGAAUCCCUCAUGAGUCUCACCACCUUGUACCUCGGGGAUAAUGGCCUGUCUGACUGUGGGCUACAGAAAAUGACAGCACCUGUACGAGUGUUGAGGAGGGGUUUAGGAAAUUUGGAAGUACUGGAUCUGUCUGGUAACCCUAGAAUUAGCAGUCAUGGUAUGCUAUACGUGUGUUGCUUUUCAAAGCUGAGGGCACUGAAUAUCUCAGGAACUGGUGUUACGCCCAGUUGUUCAUCAAUUCAACUGAUUCAGAGCAAGUUGUCGUUGUUUCCUGCUGGAGAACCUCUGGAGGAGUUUCAGCAUUCCUGCUGCAAGACAGAGGGCUGGGCAGAACAGGUGGUUUAUCAGUGGGAACGUUUGUGUGAAAGACAGCACGAGAAAGUUGGCUGCAGAACUGUCGCACAGCAAUUCUAUGGAGUGAAUAAAUUCAUCAAUUUAGACGCUGAUGGAUUUUCAAACACUGAGCAAAUAAAGGACACAGUCAGAUUGCAGUUUCACAGAAAACCCAAUCAGGAUCUCCCUGUACAGUCGCCCAUGAAUUCUACAAUUGGAUCCAGCAAAAGAGGUACUGACCGAGCUAAGGAAAUUGGUUGUUCCUCCCCUCCUGCGAAAUGCAAGCGAGCCGAGUUGUCCUUGGAUGAUUGGGAUGUGCUAAAUUGUUACUGAGAAGGAAGUGCAUUUCCCCAAAAGAGCGGUUUCAGAGAAAGUGUUUGUAAAGGAUUUUGGUUCAUUAGCAAAGCGCAAGUAACUAUCACAACUACUUUAACGAUUUCAGCAUUCACUUGAUUGUCAUAGCAGUUUACCAUGUCUCCAAUCAUGUUAAUCGAUUUUGUUUUGGAAUUAAACUGAUAACUGAAAGCAUUUUUUUUUUUUUUAAUGUACACGUUGAAUCUUUUCAAAUCCCUGAACAAUAUUUAUUUUAUUCUAAGAGUGCCUCUACUUGCUCUUUAAUUUUGUGUGAAAUUUACUCAACGUGUAAAGUAUGAGCAACCUAUAUGCUUUAAAUUUCAUUUUUCCCCGAGGCCUGAUCUGUGUUGCACUCAUCCAUUAUGGUUUAGUUAACAUCAGAAUGUGUUGAGGGAAGAAGGAACAGGUACCUGAAAGAAGGAAGACUGCUUCUGUGUCGCGAUGCGUCAUGAAAUGAAUCUUCGAUGCUCUGUAGAAGUUUUUUUUAUUCAGGAAAUCAUUGUUCAGAAACCUUUGAGCCCAUUUUCAUUCUAUCUUGUCACGGAUCAACAUGUAUUGAGGGCAAGUCUAAUAAAACUAUUUGAAUAAAGGCA